AUGUAUGAGUGGUGCAUGCAAGCUUGGGCAGCCAUAGUAAUGGGAAUGAUUUCAGGGAGCAUUCCAUUGUUCUCGACGAUGAUCCUCCACAGAAAGUCCACUUUUCUACCGAAGGCUGUGUUCCACACACAUGCUGUGGCCGGACUUCUAGGUGGUUUAUUAACUGGUCUUCUGGAAGAACCAACUCUUUGUAGCAUUGUUCUUCCAGGCAGCAACAGAAGGCGUACAUUUUAUGGUGGAGGUGGUGGAAUUCUUUUCCUUAAGCAAAUAGUUGCAGCUUUGUUCAUCAUCGAUGGGAACAUAGUUGCAACAAUGCUAAUCCUCCUUGCAAUAAGAUUGUUCAUCCCAUUAAGAAUGGCGGAUGAGCAGAUAAUGAUUGGAGAUGCCGCGGUUCAUGGACACGAAGCCUAUGAUCUUUGGGGAGAUGGAGAGACAUGUGAUCCCGCAUGA